GACAGCGGCACUUUACCUGCUCAGUGUCUCCCUGGAGGAGCACCGAAACGCCUUAGUAGAUAACUUUGUGACAUACAGGUUUAAACGAUGGUAAACGACAGCAGACUCUCCUCUCUGCGCCAAAGUGGAAGUUGACACCUCAAACUUUUACCUGACUGCUCGGCCGGUGUCGUCCUCAUGGCUCGGACCGGCUCCGGUGCCCUCCUCAGCCGCCGGAACAUCAAGUUGGACUCCUUUCUGAAAAGGAACACGGAGCGGGAGGUGUACGAGAGGAUCCGAGCUUAUGAACCGUGUGUGGUGAUUUCGGAGACCAUCAACAAGGUGUAUAUGCACGUGGUGCUGAGUGAUGAGUGCGUGUACCUCACCGAAUAUCCCCCACGCACGCUCACCACAGCUUUUAACUUCAGGCGCGUGCGGGACAUCGAGUUGGUGAGUGAACGAUCGAAACGUUUGGUCGAAAUUCUGCUCGAUCAGAUAGAAACGUGCAUUUUUGUGUCGUUCACCGAUAUUUUUAGAAACCCCGACCUGUCCUCAAAAGUAGAUUCAGAUGCUGUUUUCAAGUAGAUAUUUGGUUUAUUUUUAUGUCUAACUAAACUCCCAAAGUAACAAAAUCAACUGUCGAAUCUGCUGCCGAUUAUUCGAUUAACCACUUGGACCCUGAGCUAUUUCAGGGUUAUGUCCGCCUGAAAUUACAUAGCCAAAGUAAAUCAGUAAUAGCUCAUUAACUGUAGGGCCUAGAUCCACAAUCUUGGUGUCUAUGAAAAGGUGAUAUCUUGUAGAAUCUAAUUCAAGUGAGAGAUUGGCUAUGACCUUUUAUAUCUUUAUGGAUAUAUCUAAUGGAUAAAAAUACAAAAGAUAUGAAAAAUCAUAAACAUAUGAGAUGAUUUUGAAAUAUAGAUUGUGAAAUCUGGAGUAAAGUGCAGGUGCCUUGCAUAUUGUUCUAUUUAUAAUAAUCUCUGUUGUUUAUUUAUUGAUAUUUCUAUCUAUCAUGUCUUGUUGUUAAGACUUUGAUAUAGUGCCAUGUGCCAUAUAUCUUGGUUGAAGAAAGGUCUAAUCGUAUGUCCAUUAGCAGCAAUUUGGUUAAUGUUGAUUGGUGCUUAGAUUGAUUUGACGCAAAGUAACUUAAGGUAACAUACCUACAUUUUUCAAUUUAGCUGUUAACUUCUCUGUUUUAUCAAGUAGGUCUAGUAAACUGAAACUUUAUUUGUCUUGAAUGAAUUUUUAAACAUCACGUUUUGUGUCAAAAAAAGACUUACUCGCUGUAACAUGAGCAUCUGGACAACUAAUGCAAUACAACAGCUCCACUAUGAAUUCUGCUCAACAGAAGCUUCUAACGUUCAGAUUUUGUUUAUAUGUUUAGAAAGGUGAAGAUACGAAAUAGGCCUUCAUAUAUCACCUGGGCCACCUUUCUUCAUAUUCAUGCAAGACCUGUGUGUCUGUAACUGAGGAUGCACACAUUUAUUUGUGACACUGCAAAGGUAAAAUACCAAGGUUGUGUUUUCGUAACACAAUAAGAAUCUCAAAUCACCUUUUUUUUUAAUGUGGUCAUGGUUGGCAGCCAAGUACCACAAUAAAAAAGUGGUGUCAUUAAAUUAUCUGUUUUGAUUGAUGUUGGCAGUAAGCAUCAGAGAGAAUCAGCAUCUUUUUGUUUGUCACCUAAAACUAUUUCAGUCUAGUACUGAUCAACAUGCCUUUUUUUUGUAUGUGACCUUUAUGGAGGCAAUUAAACUGAAAAACUGAUGCUUUUCAGCCUUUAUCAUAGACAUGCUGGCUGUUGAACAAAAGGAAAAUUAGCAGGAAAUACUGAUCCAAAAAUCUGUUUACCUCUUUUCCACAUUGGUAUUUAAACUAUAUAUAUAUGUAGUUGAGGUUGUAUUAUAGAUGGCUAACCUGGCAUACAUGACAGAAAGUCUGAAUGUCUGACAGUGUGUUCAGGUGAUGUCGAUGUGAAUGACCUCUAACUUUUAUAUGUAACUCAAAAAAUAAUUUGACUGCGUUGUGGCACGGUUUUCUGUCGUGAACAGUUCAAUAACAGUCUUAACCAAACAGAAAAUCACCAACCUUGAAUAACAGAUAAAACUUUAAACUCAGCAUAACGUGUAUGUAAGAGUAGCUGUGUGUAGCUGAGUGAGUGUAGCCUGUAAAUACCAUUUAUCUUGUUAUGUCAUGUGGGUAAGAGGUUAAAGGUUUAACGUCUUCCACACUGACUUAAUCCCGUUUACAUGAAACAGCAGAUUAUUGCUUGUGUUGCCUGGGCUGCCCUUACUGUGGCCUCUACAGGUGUUAGGUUUUUAUAUUAAGAAGAGGCAUUAGUGUUUCCGAUUGAGUGUUCCUCUUGUCUGGUUGGAAAUGCUCCACGUGAAGAAUUGGAAUAAUCUGGUAUUAAAACACCUGAUCAAAUCCUUCUGGUGUCAGCCAACUCUGGCAGGUCCAGAAAAUGAGGAGUCUUACUUAGUUGCCUGUGAUAAUUUUGAUUACUGCUUCGGGUCUUUACUUAGUGAGAGGAGCCGAUUCAGACUGAUCGGCUCAGGACAGCACGGCAAAGCUGCAUGGCUAUAUCUCUUAUUAGAAUACAGGAAAAAUGAUGUAAACAGAUAGAAAGUCAAAUAAAAUUCAAGACCAAUCAAAAAUAAGAACAAAUGAAUUUAAGGAAGUGAUCCCAGGAAGUUGAAAAUUCUUCAUUAAUAGGAUUAUCUACCAUUUAUUCCUUUUCUUUUCUUUUUUCAGAUCAAUGACCUUCCUGAUUUUCUCAGUGGGAAGGACAGAGAACUCUGUCAGCACAUCCGCAUCACCUACCUCACAGACAGGCCUACCGCGAAAAGCCGUGAUUGGCUGAGAUGGGACAGGAAGGAAGGACUCCCUCCUGCAGUUCCACUUUCCCGUAGAAACAGCCACUGCCCGACAGUAGCGCACAAUGUAGAAGGUAAAGAUAAGUUUAAACUUGCUCUAUAGAGGAAAAAAAGGCUGUUUAUAUGUGACACACUUAAAAAAAAAUCAUGUAUGUAGCACUGAUUUGGCCUAGCAGCUAAGUGAUGUUCCCUGUGUACAGAGGCUUUAGCUAUCGAUGUGGACAGCCGGGUUUUGGAUCAGACUUUCACCUCAUUGCCACGUCAUUCGCCAUUAUCAUUCUAUGCCCUGACCCAUAAAUAAACUUAUAUAGAAAAAGGAAAAAAACAUUUAUGUAAGACAUUGAAUUAAAGGAAAGUGUAUUUUUUAGUAGGGAUGUCUGAUCCGAUCAAAAAAAAAAAAAAAAGAAUAUCAAAUUAUAUCGGCCUGCAUCCAAAAUCUCCAGUAUCAGCCCUCCGAUACAAGCAGUCCAUUCCAGACUCCGCUCCAGCACCUUUAUCUAGCAACACCAGCAUGCAGAGUCCUCAUGAUCACAACAACAGUGUGUACUAAGGCACUAACAAAGUAGCAAGGAGUAAAAGUGAUGCUGGCUGCGUGGAAGUGUUUUUUGUUGUUCCCAUGCACAAGUUUGUGCCAAUAUUGGAUCAAUAUCAGUACUAAUACUGAAGGCUACAAUAUCGGUAUUGUAUCAGAAGUAAAAAAGUUAUAUUGGGUCACCCCUAUGUUUUAAGUCAGAUAAGCUCAUUUUUAGUUGCAUUUGAAGUUUAAAGGCAGCAAAUAGUUUGAUUUGUUGUAAUGAGGGGUCGCAGAUAAAACUUGGAAUAAAGAUUUAAUGUGUCUAUUGUUACUUUAUUUGUAACUUUACCCACUGUGUGUCUUUUGUUUCACCCCCACAGGAUUUCCUGCACACAGGUGAGCAUCACUCAAGCACAAAUCGAGACACAAACACACACACAAACACACACACACACAGGUCAGUGGUUUGUUAGGCGAUAUCUGUUAGGAAGCUGAGACCGGCUGUAUUGGCUCUUACUUUUUAACCAUUCACAAUAAAUACUUUAAAACACAAACCUCCAGCAGACUUUAAUUGUUAUUCAACUAGAUCUUCUUUCUGUUCAUAGCAGCCGUGUUCAGUUUACAUUGUUGUCCAGAAUGGAGGCAAUCGGGGAUCAAAAUCCCUGAGUGUUUGAUAAAAGGAUGUUUGAGCCAAAAAAAUGAACAUUUGUGGGAGUUUGAGCAUGGUAUUUGACACAGAUAGUGAAUAUUUGCAAUCAAGAUCCGUCAGACAACUUAACUUUGUCAUGUCUGGGCUCAUAUCAAAAAGUAGUGAAGGCUCCUUUACCUGUCUUUCAGUAGUGAGCUGGAGGGAUUCUGUCUGGGUGUCACGGAGACAGACAAACUCUUUGAGCUAUAAAACCUUUACAGCUGUGUUUUGUCUGCAGGCAUAGAAAAGAGAGCGAGGAAUAUAGAUAGACUGUACAUACCUGCGUUUAUACUUGUCUGCUGUUAGACAACAAUCAUCUCUUAAAAGUCAGAGCACUCUCCUGUUUUCAGUUGGAAAAAACAUCUAAAUAAUGCGACAAGUGAAAGCAGCCUCUCUGUGUGUGGCUCUGCGCUAAUGGUCUGCAGCAUCUCAGGUAGCUCAUGAUUUAUUCAGGUUGAAGAGGGACAUGUCUGCCUCAGUUUACCUGAAAAGAAAAUUAAAGAAGUACAAUCAAAACACUCAAUGUUACAGACCAAGGUGCGUUUAUGUGUUCCAAAUAUGGAUUCAAAAGUGCUGAAAUGCUGAAAAAGAAAAACUAUUUUACAAUCAGGACUGCAACUUUACACAGUGACGAAACAUUUAUCAACAGUUAAAAAAAAACCUGCUGGAUUGUCAUAUUUUAAAGCUGAACCAUGUUUUUGAUUUGUUUAUAUCUUGUGCGAUUGUUCCUCUUCCUUUGAAUCCUCUGUGUUGUGUUUCAAACGUCCCCCUGCGCAUCAGUCAGGAAGCAGUUUGUUGGCUGUGAAGAGACCAGAGGAAGCAUGAACAGAUUUACUGUCACUGAACGCUGACUUGUUGCCUGGUGACAACAAACUCCACGCUGCUAUUAAACGUGAUGUGUGUGUGUGAGAUGUAAACGCUGUCUCACGCUGAAGUCUGUCUCACCCUCGGGACUUGUAAAAGUUUAGAACCAUUGAAGCAUGAAUUUAAACUACCAAACAGCCUCCACCUUCACUGUUUACAACACUUCAGAGUACGCCCGGGUGUAACCUUACAGAACCCCAACUUGGAGGUCAAAGUUAUGGCUAGUGUAAAGGUAAUCCCUGUGCACUAGAUACACUUGAACCUGUUUGUGUGACACUGAAGCGUAACUUAUCCAUCUGGGACAGAACUGGUGUAGAGUUAGAAAAGACAAAAGGAGCAGUUACAAAAUUUGGAAACAAAAGCAGUGAUGGUACCUGGUGAUAGAUGAAUGUGUGUUCCUAUGUUUUGUUCCUAUGCUUUUAUUUCCACUUGGUUGGCUUACUGUAACGCUCUUUACGUCAGUGUUAAUCAGGCUUCUCUCACAUGCUUACAGUUAGUCCAAAAAGCUGCUGCUCGUCCUUUAACGGGUAAACGAAAACAUGAUCACAUCACUCCAACUCUGGCGUCCCUCCAUUGGCUUCCUGUUCAUUUCAAAAUUCAGUUUAAAAUGUUAUUGUUUGUUUUUAGAUCUUUAAACGGAUCAGCACCACAGUACAUCUCUGACCUCUUAAAUGUUCACACUCACCCACGUUCCUUGAGGUCUGCUGAUCAGCUCCAACUCGUGGUGACCGAGCUUUCUCGGUUGCGACUCCCAAAUUAUGGAAUGAAUUUCCACUCGAGAUUAAAACAUCCCCCACACUUUAUACUUUUAAAUUGCUUCUUAAAACUCAUUUUUAUUCCUUGGCUUUUAGUUCAGCAUGAGAGUUGAAUGAUCUCUGUCCUUUUAUGUCUUUUUUCGGUCCUUUUAUCCGUUUUAUUUCUUUUAUGCUUUUGUGUUUUUAUUUCAUUUAUUUCAUUCUAUUUUAAAUGUUUUUUUUACCUGCUUUUAUGUAUUCCAUCUUGAUGUUUUCUGUAGUGUUUGUUCUUUUAAUUUUAUUGUGCAGCACUUUGGUAAACUUGAAUUCUUUUAAAAUGAGCUUUAUAAAUAAAGUGGAUCGGAUUGGAGCUGCAAAAUGCCCUCCCCAAAAUUGGAAAUAAGAAUGCCAUGAUUGUAAACUGUAUGUUUGAUCUCUUGCAGAAGUAAACAGAAAAGUUCACUAUCAUCCACACUUGUUAAUUAUUUCCUUUUCACUCUCUGUGUUUGUCAGGAUCCAAAAUGAAAACGGGACUGAGGAGGUCCUCAUGUUGCCCCCCCCACGCUCUGCCUCCUGGCCAAACCCUGAGUCUCUGAGCCUCCUACAGGUCCCACACCCUCCCACCCAGCCUCCCUGCAAAUCCCCCUCCCUUUACUCCCGUUCCAGCUCCCCUUCUUCAUGUCCGUCACCCUCGGAUCAAAGACUCAACAUCACUGAGAGUGGACAGGUACAGACGCCGGGAUGAAUGGAUGCGAGGCGCAUCAGGGCUGUUCGUUUUUACUGUGAUCUAAAUUACCGACACAUCAGACACAAAACGCUGUCGCUCAUUAAUAUUCAGAAAGGUGAAUCCAAAAGACAGCUGUGGAGCAUCAAAACAACGUAUAUCUUUUUAUAUACAUGAAACACCGGCUUCAAGAAAAUCCACAAAGCAGGAAAUUGCCUUCAUAAUGAUGGGAGCUUCUCUGUGUGCAUCGGUCUUAAUGAGUCCUCAUUAAAUUCAACACCAGACAGCACUUUACUUCUCAUCUCACUAUCCAUCUUCUAUCCCCAUCUACAAGCCAGAAUUUCACACUGAUUUAAAACGACAAUCCUGGAGAAAUGGGAAAUUGUUGCAUGUUAAGUUUUCUGUUAACAAAUAAAAGAGUUAGAAUAUAGAAAUAGAUAAAGGCUGUGCAGUGAGACGGGUUUUUGUCCGUGUUUGGCAUCGCUCUCAGAAACCACACUUUGACGUUUCAGGUGCCGAGGAGGAUCGGCUCAGUCCUGUCUCGCCUUUUGAGGAGAGACGGGUCGAAUAACCAGGUGGAGAGGGAGGCUGAGCUUCACCUUUACGCCGUGUCCCAGACGUCCAGACUCCACCUCCACCUGCAGAGCACAUGGAACAGCUUCAUAAUUGUGAGUGAUGAUCGACACAGACGUGAGGAAUAAGACUGCUGUCCAUGAAAACUCAUGAUGAGAAGCUCAGAGUUUGUAUGUUCCUUUUUCAAAUCUUUACAAGCAUCUGGCAUACAAAAAGUUUCUCAAAGCUGCCUAUCUCACACUGGUUACAGCACUGAAUGUGUUGGGAACUAUUUUUAACGGUGGAUUAAUUCGCGUUUGCUGCUUUGGCGAGUAUUUGCAGCAGCAGGACAGUGAAGCAGCUUCUGGAGACACAUGACUUAAUGCUUCAGUGUUCACCUUCACUGGUAAAUGAAUUCUGCUCCAAUCUCCCUGAUGCAUCCUUAAAGCUUUAUUUCACAGCAUUAAUUUCACACUUGCCCCGGCAGAAAAGCAGAGGUAAAACAGUUUCCUCUUGAUGAAAGCAAAGGUCCAAAUUGUCCAUGGAAGAAAUGGAAGACAGCGAGGUCUAAUUUCCUCCUGUAAUGUGCCAAAUAAUACUCCGAAUGGCAAUAUGUAUCUCCAGAAAAUGAGUGUUUUUAAAAAGAUACACUAGUCCCCAUACAGGAUGCUCAGAUCUUGUGUAAAUGUGUGUGUACGUGUGUGUUUUCAGAGGUCCACUCUGUUGUUAGACCCACUCUACAGAAGGAGGUGCAGUAUUUCAUCUGACCCCUCUCCUGAGAAGAGACUUCCCUCCAUCAGGUAACAACACAAUGAUGUAACACAGCACAGGAUUGUUGCAGAUGUCAAAUUAUUAUCAAUGACCCACUGUUUGUUUGUGUUUGUUGUUGUGUUUGUGUGUGCAGCUUGGAGCGGACGGCUUACUUGUUCGCACAGCUGAGCGCUGAGCUCCUGCAGGAGGAGAUCAGCGUGGAGAGUCUGUACCUGCUGCUGCAGGAGCUGAGGACGGCGGCUCACCGCAACAUCUCUCUGCGCCGACUCUUCUGGAGGGUGAGACGCUCAAACACGUUUGUUUGAAAAAAUUGAUCGUGACGUACUUUUGUAUCUAAACUUAUAACACAAAAGAUUAUGAGAACAUUUCUGGUUGUGCACAUGGAGAUGCAAGUGUUUUGGCAACUGCAGGAAACCUGAGAAAAACAGUUCAGUCUAGUGAAAGAUAAGUCUGUGAGGGUUUAAGAAAUAUGUAAAGAUUGUCACAAUAGACAGAGUUUGUUGAUCUCUGUGUUCCAGUCCAGUGAGGUGUGUGCCUUCCUGGUUGAGACUCUUGAAGAAUCGCUCCACGGCUGUCAGACUCUCAGUGGAAUCUACACAGCAGACCAGCUUCUGUAAGCCCCAGUCUGAGUGUCUGUGUGUGUGUGUGUCUGUGAGAGAGACAGAGAUAAACGGUGUCGGAUCUGACACCUUAAUACUGUCAUCAGGGCAGUCGCUUUAAGCUUCUUUGAUUUUACACAACAAACUAAAUGGAGUUCAAAGGUGGAAGGAUUUGUGUGGUGAUAACGUUUAAUCUGUGUGAUCUACACUCUGCUGUCUUAGUCACUUACAGAACUACUGAAGAUGUUACUGAAAAAUACACUUUUCAGACUAUUCAAGGCAAGUUAACCACAUGUCCAUAAAACAUAAUUAAAGGUGGGGUAGGCAGGAAUCUGUUAAAGAAGCAUCUUUUUUGUGGUGUAUAUAUAUCAAAUACAGUGGUUCUUGGUUCUUAAUGACAGUUUGAAGCCUCUAAAUGAGCACACUACCUCCUCUUCAAGAGAUCCACAUCUAAUCUAGUGCUGUGUGAGUGCAUCAAAAUUACAGUAAGAAAUCUAAAACUUUAUAGAGGAUGCUUAAAAAUGGUUGUUUGGGAUAAGAAUUUCUGUUGAACUAUGUCUCUGAUAAGUUUAUAGGAGCAUUUGAGUCUUUUAUAUUUUUAACCGUUUAAUCCUUUUGUUCAGGCUGAGCACGCUGAUCAUCCAGACCCUCGCCGUCAUGUUCAGAGAGACGGAGGUUGAACCAGCCCGGCACAGCCUGCUCUCUGCAAAGAAGUAAACCUCCAGCUUGUUCCCCUUAUUCCUGUCCUUCCAUCAUCAUGGUUCACUGGCGCUGCUAACUCAGUUUUCGUAUGAUCUUUGUAGAGGUGCUCUGGCCUCCAGGAUGCUGCUCGCCUUGAUAUGUGACCCUGAGGUACAAUCAGAGAACCGUGGAUCUCUAGCUGACUGUGAGGUAAGCUGCCUUCUUUACACAAACAGAUUUAUUUACUAUUUUAGUAUUUAAUGAAACAGUUUAUCCUCCUCUUUCUGUCAGCUCCGGGCCUUACUCGCUGAUUAUCUGGAUGCUGCUUGCUCUCUGCUGUUUGAAAUGGUGCUUUUGGGUCAAGAGGUGAGUAAGGUAUUGAAAUCACACUCCAGGCUCGAGAGGCCCCUAAUGGACAGAGGGAAUCCCAACAUUUGCACUGAGCUGCAGCACUUUAUAAGAGUCCAUAUACCUUGAUCCAGCCUGUUACUUUAAAUGUUUUUUAUACUUUUCUUUGUUUUAGGCAAGCAGAUAUUCCCCUGCUGAAAACUUUCUGUCUGUUGGUUGGAUCCUCAGAGUCAUGCAGCCUAAUCCUCACCUGGUAAACUGCUUCACUUUUACCCCUUUUAGUACAGCUGAUCUGUGCGUCAUUUGACUACAAGCAAAAAGAAAAACCAUCCAUCUUUUGCAUUCCUGAUAAAACAGCUGUGUGCUCCGGUUGAACUGAAAUGCGGUCUCCUUCUCCUCUCUGCAGUUGGCCUUCAUCAGCUACCAGGCUCGGCGGGUCGUUCUGGUUCUUUCUGACCUGCAGGAGUCCUGUCUGAGUCCUGCUCAGUCCGUCCUACUGUUUCAACGCUGCCGCCUCCUGCUGGCCUGCCUGCAGUACAACAGCCAGCUGGCACAGCACCUCCGAUCCCACUUCAGAGAGGAGUUCAGGUUUGUGCUGCUGCGGUCUUUUCUACCCAUCACUCAGGAGGCUGGUCUAGAGCCAAGUCCUUUCAGAGCUGGGUAGAAGGCGCCGUAUGAGGCUUAAAAUUUUAGUGAGACUGGCGUAAGUGUGGUAUUUAGUCUGAUGGUCGUUUUUUUAUUCCCAGGUACUCUGUGACGCUGUCGUGUGCUAAGGAGAAGCUUCCACCUCACUACCCCAUCAGCCAACCCACUCUACGCUUGAUCGAUCAGAUCCUGACUCUGCACAAAUUACCGCACACAAACACACGUGACAAAGGGCUGUGACAGCGUGUGCCUUCCGCUGAAGUGACCGAUGUUGUGUUCAGUUUAUAAAUGCUGUACUCUUCUGAAUCGGAAACCAAACUGUCCCAGCAGGAAUAGUAGCACUACUUUCAUGUAAAUAUAUAUUUGUGUACUGUGCAAUGUAGCGUAGAGACGAUCAACAGACAUACUACAGAUAUAAUCCUCUCAUUUGAUCUGGAAAAAUACAGAAAGGAGCUCUCUUUUUUGUGUCUGAUUCCAUGUGAUGUGUCUUUUAACAUUUCAAUACUAUCUACCUGUAUGUUUAAACUCUACUUGUUUGUAAACUGCGUUUAUUGAAGGUGCCCUUAAA